UUGGAUCCUCCGGUGGUUUAUUGGGUUGCAGGAUAGCAAUGACAUCAGCUUUGAAAGUCUGUUACUUUUUAGAUAUUUAUACAUGAAUUUUUGAAGCCAUAUUUUCAUUGUGGUUCCAAGCUUGGUAAUGAAUUCUGGGAUUAUCUUAUGUGGUCAGCAGUCCUGACAGUCUUAAUUGCUUUAAUAACUAUGUCAGAAGUCAUUGUCAGAGAUGAGGUUAAAUUAAGGUCAAUGUUGGGUGAUUUAAGUUGUUCACAAGUCAGAUGUUUAAUUAUUUCUGCAUAUUGCUUGGUUGGGUUACUGUACUUGCUGUUGUUGCACAUGAUGUAGUUUGCUGACACAAGGCAAUGUUCUUUUUGGUGUCUUUGCGUCUAAGAUGGUUAAGAAUGCACUAAGCUUGUCUGCUUGGAUAGGUAAUAUGCAUUCCUUCUAUGGUAGCAGCCAUUUCUCCUUUUUGAUGUUGUUCAGUGUAGUAGCCAGCUGCUCUAUAGUUCUUUUUACAGUCGCAGGGCCAUUGCAUUGCUUGAUGAUGCUAAAGAGCUGUUCAUAAUGCUCAUCUCAUCAUGGCAUAUAAUGACUUUUAUAGCUUCUAGAUAUACAGAGUUUGGGUAUUUCAAUUAGGCGGCUUGUAAAUGUAGUGUAGCCUUGAUCAGUUGUUGGUUUCUGAUGGAUCCUCUAAUUGGUUUGCUCUCUUGAUGGUCAGGCUUUGGUACUUCUGUGAAACCGCCUUCUGACAGUUCCAUCUUGGAGCUGGUCUGGAUGAUUUGGCCUGAAAAAUCAUAUUGUCCAUGCUGAUAAGCGAGGGUCUAUGCUGAGAUAAUGAAAACUUGUCAAGUACUUUUCUUAUCGGCAUUUUAAUGGAGUUGCCCUUCCACCAGGUAAGAUCUGGUUUUGUCCGAAUGUUCCAAUGUUCUCUGUAUUUUCUUUCUCCAUUUUUUGUGCCUAAAUAAAAAUAGAGUAGUUUUCCUGCUGCAAAGAAUUCAGCCAGACUCCAAUGACGAAUUCCUAUGGGAAAUCACUGGGUUUCUCUUGUGAAUCAUGUUUGCAAGCUACACAGAGCUAACACUGCCUGGCAACCCUGCAGCACCCUUGUAAGGAGCUCAAGGCACCCUAGGGCACCAUGGCACCAUGCUUGAGAAUGCCUUCAGGCUAACCAGGCUCUCUCUUAAGCUGCUCCUUUAAGAGCAGGGAGGGACCAGCUCAGUGAUCUCACUGUGCAAGUUCCUGGCAAUCAAAGGCACCCUGCUUUGCACAGCAGCCUUCUCCCCCUGCCAUCCCCAGCUGCAAAGUGAGGGCCCACCACUAUGAUCACGGAGAACUGCCAUCCAGGGCUACAUAAAGAAACAGCUUUGUGAGUCUGUUUCAGAUUCCAUCCCAUCCUGAACACCAUGGAAGAAACCUUUGCUAUAUAGUUUUAAGUUCAACUUGGGAAGGAUUUUACCAACGGGAGAGACAUGGCAAUCUGUUGCUGGAGGUGGUUUAUACGCUUUGGCAGUAGGGAAAGCCUCACAAAAACUUCAGGGACCAGCAGCAGAAGCACCUCUCAGCUUGGGAGACAUUUCCACUACAGGACACCAGGAAACUUCCUGGAUCCUGAGGUGAGAGCAUUUCUGGAGGAGAACACUGAAGUCAUCAGCAGCGGAAACCUCACGCCAGAGAUAAGACUGCGGCUUCUGACACCUCGCUGCCGAUUCUGGAAGGAAAGAGCCGACUUGUGGCCUUUUGCUGAUCCCUUCUGGGCAAUCUAUUGGCCAGGAGGCCAAGCCCUAUCCAGAUAUAUUUUAGAUAACCCGGAUAUUGUCAGAAUGGGAUCUGUAUUAGAUCUUGGGAGCGGAUGUGGAGCAACAGCAAUAGCUGCUGUGAUGAGUGGUGCAUCCCAUGUCCUCGCUAAUGACAUCGAUCCUAUUGCAGGAAUGGCCAUGGUAAUCAAUUGUGAACUGAACAAUGUGAAUCCCUUUCCUAUUGCAAUUAAGAACAUCACUGAUACAACACUGGACAAGUGGGACCUCAUUGUGUUAGGGGAUAUGUUUUAUGAUGAACAUCUUGCUGACUGUCUGCAUCACUGGUUGGGAAAGUGCAUCAAGAUGUAUGGAACUAAAGUUCUGAUCGGCGACCCCGGGAGGCCUCAGUUCACAGGCCACAGCAUUCACCGUCAGCUGCACAAAGUAAUAGAAUAUUCACUUCCUGAGCCAACUAGACGGGAGAACAAUGGAUUAACAUCAAGCAUUGUCUGGAGUUACCAGCCUUGACUCACAGUUUCUUCAAAGGCUGCUAAAGGUGGAAAGAGCUUGUACUUGGUGGGGGGUUAUGGGAGGGAGUAUUCUAUAUUUAUAAAAUGUGAAGAAAGAACAUAAGCCAGAUCCUUGGCUAAUGUAACUUGGUCUAGUUCUAUGGAAGUCAUUACCACUACUUCAGCUUAGAACAAUGGAAGAUUUGUCCCCUAGUUCGGGGAAAAGCUUGCAGGUAAAUUUCACUCUGGGAUAUGCACACAGGCCUCCAUCAAAGUGCACGUCCAAAGGCAGUUUUAGAUCCAUCAUUUUGCUUAUAUGAUAAAUGUACUAGCCUCUUUGUCACAAAACAUGUCAUUUAAUAUUUCUUAAGAUUUCCACUGUAAAACUUUAUUUGUCUUGUAGGUAGGCACGCUACUCUCAUGUGUGUUUCUUAUUCACAUACACUGAAAAAAUCAACAUUAGGCUUCUUAAAACUGAACAUGUGAGUUUGUUAGGUCAUUAUAUAGUUGGGGAGAACCUGGACUGACCUGGGGAAGUCCAAAUGUAUCCUCCUCUUAUUCUUUAUAUCUCCUUGUGACUGUCCAUGUAACUAAUCAGACUUUUCUUCCCAUCUCAUUCCAAACUAUAUGUCUGUAUCCUGGUACCUUCCUUGAAUCUGCUGAGGCAGCCAGGACUGUCAGUCAAGAACAUUGCAUGGUCCUGAACUCACUUCUUCAUUUGGCCAGAGCUAAAAUGACUAAUCUGAUUAAUAAACUGAACUGAUUGUGAACUAAACAGUAAUAUGAUUAGAGGCUAAUUCAUGUGGAUUUUGAAAAACAAACUUCUUUGUCCAUAUCCUCUGAAUACACAGGAAGGGCAGGGUUGAUGGGUAUCUGUCACAGAGAAAAAAAGAUUACAGGUAAUUUCUUUUUUCCCUUGAGACAGCCGUUUCACUGACCUUUCUGCUUAGGAUGUAAUAAAACAAAAGAGUUAGAGGGAGGAGCUGCGUCAGAGAGCAGCUAGGAUAAUAGGCUACUUGCAGACAUUAAAAAAAAAAAGAACAAGAAAAAUCACACUUUACCAGAAGGAUCAGUGCGUUACUUCAGCUCGGCUCUGCAGCAUCUAUAUAGAUUGGGCACUUUAGCGGGGCUUUUUUGGUACUUUUAGCUGAAGUUGAUUCAAUCAGCUAUUCGAUAAAAGCACUACAAAAGCCCAUUAAAGCGCUUGAUUUAUACAGAUGUCAGGCGAGCUAGAUCCAACUAAUGCACCACCUCUUCUGGACACGUGCUUGGCUUGGUGCAGGAGCACACUGAGUUUAAAAUACCCCUUUUUUUUUUAAUGUCUGUGAGGAGCCAUAGAAAUCCAGUGUAUAGUCAAGCAGAAUAGCGGUUUCACUACAGCUUUCCAAAACUGAUCAGAAUCCAAUUGUGUGUGGCCGGUGAAGAUAAGUAUUCUUGUCUAUGUGGCUGCUUCACAAAUUUCCUUUGCCCAUGCUUAGGUUAUUUUGGCCUAAGAUAGAAGUCAAUCCAGCAGUAUGCCUACAGUUCCUGUGAGGUUUAUUUCCUCUUUGUACUCAGACUGUAAGUUGUUUGGGCAGGCACCAUAUAUUUGUUCGGUGUUUGUACAGUACCACAGCAGCAGGGUCCUAGUCUGUGACUGGGACUCUUUCCUGCUAAGAUAACAGAAAUCAUUAAUAAUUUCAAUUAUGCAAUUUCAUAUCUAAUUGGACAUAAAAUUCUUUCCGUCUCCCUGUCCCUAGGCCGAAUGUACCGGAGUAAGAAUGAUUUGGUCCUUUUACUAAGCAUUUUAAUAUUACUGCAGAAUGCCUCAGUGCUAUCUUUUUUUCAGGCUAGGGUCAAGGUAGAAAGACUGGUCUACUAUGUUUUAGGAUUGAUGGUAAACUGUUUUUGUCUUUGAAAUUAACUCUUCAGUUAUUCUGCAAUAAAGUGGUCUUAGGCAUAAUAUUUUUUUCCCAGGAAAUCUUUUCCCCUGGAAAACCUAAAGAAACUUUUGGCCAAAGAUGAAGUGGCAGGUCUACAACCAUGCUUUUCUCCUUGACAGCUGUAGCUUCUCGACAGUUUGCAAGGAAGCAACCUGACCUAUUGGGAAGUAUUUGCUGACAUACCAACUUGAAAGGGAAUUUUCAAAGCAGCCCAGCUCUAAUGAGCAACUCUAUGAUGAUUUCAUAGACAUUAGGGCUGGAAAGGACCUCAGAAGAUCAUCGAGUCCAACCCCCUGCCCCACUAGGCAAGGCCAUGAAGGAUUUAUAGCUGAAAGAGGAAAAAGGUUUCAAUUUCAAGCUUCCAAAUAGUAACUACAAAUGACAGUUUAAAAAGAGGGCUGAAAGUGUGUGUAGGUGUACGAGAGAAGCCUUUUGAGUGGAGUCAGAGUAGCUUACAGACAUAAACUUGCCAACUCAGUCCAGUUUAAAGAUUUACUGGUUUUGAUUUUCAAAACAACACAUAAAUACUCACAAAUACAUACAUGCAGUGCUCAUCUUCACAGUGUGUUACUCAACAAUAUACAACAGGGACAAUAACUAGAAGUACUAUAUAACAUGAAGAAUUAACUACAUCUUCAUAUGGUGCAUACUAGUAUGCUAUUUUUCCAUUCCACCUUACAUUUGCAAACACAAGAAGCCUGAUUUUAAAUAAAGAAUCAUUCCUGAAGGCAGUGGAGUUACACUGCAAAAAACACCCCCAAAAUAAAAAACCCCUCAAAACAAAUCCUCAUGAGAUCAGAAUCAAGCUCCAGAGAUGAAAAUGCAAAUGACACAUCAAGCUUUCAAAGAAGAACCCUAAGGACAGGGAGAUGUCAUUCAAGGAGAUUUGUUCAUCUCAGUGUGUAGGCAUUUAUGUAUAAAACAAGUUGAGAAUAUCCCACUAAGUCGAAUAUUCUAGAAGUGGUUAACAGACAACAAAACAGCUGCAUGCAAAAUUCAAAGGUGAAUGUAAGCUGUAUCACCCUUCAGCAUGACAUACAACUCAGUUAGCAGAAGAAAGAGUAGUGUACAAUUCCAAAUCAAAUCCAGAAAAGUUAACAGCAUUUCUGUGGCACUAGGAACAAAUACAUUUUCCCUUCCCUGCAAAUCACUGCUUCUUUGUUAGAGCUAUGAGGAACUCCCAUUUUUGGCUGCCUUAUACUUUAUGCUGUCCAUCCUUAGGGUACUAUAGUACAUCUUUCCACUCUGGCUCAGGGGCAGGUGAAGCAGCGUUCUUGCAAUAGUUACACUGUAGCUGUUUUUUUCUUUUGGGCACCCUGGUUUAUGCAACCACAGAUGCUUGUGCCUUAUUGACUAAACAUCUUGAGCCUGUCAGUGCUGCAUUUUAAUCAGUGGAGAGGGUUCAGCAGAGGUGCAGUGUAAAGUACGUCUACUGUGCACCAGCCUCAAUAGCUUAGGGAGUAACUGGCCUGAACUAAUAACAGGAUUUCAGCGUGCCAGGGUAGUAAGUUACCUGUAGGCUAGAAGCAGAAUGCUUAAUGGAUCUUUUAGGUGUUUAAGCGACAGGGGCCUUAAUGCUGACUGAAACUUUCUUUGUUUAGACAAGGCAGUUGCCCCAGUUGCUAACACUGGUUUUGCUGCAUUAGAGCAAACUGCAGCUCUGCCUGCCUGCAAUAUUAAAUUGCACUAAUGCAGUUUUACCUGUGGUUGCAAUUAAAGCAAGUCAUCACUCUAGAUAAGGCCGUAGCACUGAUUUGGAGGAAUACAGCUUUAAGCAACCUAGCUCAAAAAUGUACACAUCAUUCGGUAAACCUGCCUGAACAUUAUUUUCUAUAACCUGUGUAACUAACACAGGAGUGGAGAUAAGUGUUGACACUGCAACAAGCUAUACAUGUUUGUGAGGUGCAACACAUUUUAAUGUCUCAUUUUGUUUAGAGGUUUACCUUUACUUUGUUUAACCAGAGUUCUGAAAAGAUAGAUAGAAGACUAUUUUUACUUAUGGUGGAGUGAACAGCUUAACAUAAAUCUGGGUUGUUACAAUGCUGGCUUUUAAAAAGUAAAUCUGCUCCUUAGUGUUACCUAAACUUAAAUAUUGUCAAUAGUCACAAAUUCUACAGAAUUCCUGGCCACCCAAUUUAAAUAUAGAUAUUCCUAAAGCAGAAUAGUAAUGCAGGGCAUUCAAAUACCCUCUGUAUAGCACAGAAUUACCACCAUUUGCUAGGUAAAGUUUAAUACAUACCCACUGAACAUACACAAGAACACAUACACUCUAAUAGACCACAGGGGACAGAAAUCAGCAUAACAAUUGCAAAACAUCAGAAGACCCUGAGGGACCAUGUGAUAAGGUAAUCCUAAACCAAUAACACUGAAAAUUAAAAUUCCUGGAGUUACAUGUAUUUUUAGAAAUUCAAGGUCAAACAAUAUCUUAAUGACUGUAUAGAUUUUUCAGGGGGCCUGAGGUUCAACUAAAUUACAUACUGUGGAACACACACUGUGCUGAUUUAGACUGAUGUGGGGGUGGCAGAGAGUCAAAGACAAUACUAAAUCCAGGUUCCAAUUCUUCUGUUCAGUUACACCUCAGAACUGGGAUGGGCCUAUCUUUCCAUCUCAGCACUUCCAUAAAUGAAUGCUGAUAAAAGCUAAAAGAACUGGCUAUCUGCUGAUAUUCAGAGAUCUCAUUAAGUCAUCACUAUUAUACUUAAGUUUAAGCUAUCUUAAAAUUCUCGUGGUAUUUAUCUGCUCACGGGCUAUGUUUUUGGGCUUAUAAAAAUCCAGAGGCCUGUGGAAGGGUACCACGAUACCCAAAAUCUUGCCUUUGUUUAUGUCAGCCAUGUAGUUGGUCAAUAAAAGAUCUCCCCCACAAGAUUCUUGCCUAAAAAUCCAGGUAAGUGUAUGGUGGUUAAACAAAGUGAAAAGCAACAGCAUGAAUAACACCUACCAAUAAAAACAGGAAUAUAAUAGUUGAGAAAGUGAUGAACUGAAACUAGCUGUCAUUAUGAAGGCCAUGUGUGUUUUUCUAUUACUUCCCCCUUUCUUUACCU